AUGGACGCCCCGUGCGAGCCCAGUUACUGCUCGCUCGCCGUCAGCAUGAAGGAAGCCGGGGAGGGAGCGUCCCUGGCCGGGCCGUUCGGCAACGGGACCAACGAGUCCCUGCAGGAGCUCUUCAGGAGCAUCAACCUGGAGCGAGCCGACGGGCUGCAGGGGGACAGCUCCGCCGUCCUGCGCAUCGUCAUCUCCAGCGUCUACUCGGUGGUGUGCGCCCUGGGGCUGGUGGGCAACCUGCUGGUGCUCUACCUGAUGAAGAGCAAGCAGGGCUGGAAGAAAUCCGCCAUUAACCUCUUCGUGACCAGCCUGGCGCUCACCGACUUCCAGUUCGUGCUGACGCUGCCCUUCUGGGCGGUGGAGAACGCCCUGGACUUCACCUGGCUCUUCGGCAAGGCCAUGUGCAAGAUCGUCUCCUACGUGACGGCCAUGAACAUGUACGCCAGCGUCUUCUUCCUCACCGCCAUGAGCGUGGCCCGCUACCACUCCGUGGCCUCGGCGCUGAGCAGCCGGCGGGGCAGCGCGGGGUGCUGCUCGGCCAAGUGGCUCUGCCUCCUCAUCUGGGGCGCGGCCAUGCUGGCCUCCCUGCCCCACGCCAUCUUCUCCACCACCGCCACCGUCUUCAACGAGGAGCUCUGCCUGGUCAAGUUCCCCGAGGGCCGGGGCAACAGCGCCCAGUUCUGGCUGGGCCUCUACCAGGCCCAGAAGGUGCUUCUGGGCUUCCUGGUGCCGCUGGCGGUCAUCAGCCUCUGCUACCUGCUGCUGCUGCGCUUCCUGGGCGAGCGCCACGUGGGCCGGGCCUGCGGCGGGCCCAAGCGGCGGGCCAAGGUGACCCGCUCGGUGACGGUGGUGGUGCUCUCCUUCUUCCUCUGCUGGCUGCCCAAUCAGGCGCUCACCGCCUGGGGCAUCCUGGUCAAGCUCAAUGUGGUGCACUUCAGCCCGCAGUACUUCCUCUCGCAGGCCUACCUCUUCCCCGUCAGCGUGUGCCUGGCGCACUGCAACAGCUGCCUCAACCCGCUGCUCUACUGCCUGCUGCGCCGCGAGUUCCGCGCCACCCUGCGCCGCCUGCUCUGGCGCCUGGCCUCGCCCUCGCUCACCGCCACGCGCCCCUUCACCGCCACCACCAAGCCCGAGCCCGAGGAGCAGGCGCUGCGCGCCCUGGUGCCCGCCAGCCCGCUGCCCCCCGCCGCCGCCCCCCAGCCCGAGCUCCUCUACUACCCGCCCGGCGUGGUGGUGUGCAGCGGCCGCUGGGACGUGCUGCCCAGCAGCUCCGCCGAGCAGCGCUGCUGA